UCACGCCGCCCGCAUGCCGUGACGUCGCCCGUCCGCCUGCCGACGCCGCCUCGUGCUGCCACCGACGUCUCCUCGCGCCCCGCACCUCCUCCCUCCCAGACAUCUCCUCCCGCCCCGCCCCUCGAGGGCUGUUGCCGCCGUCCUCACGCGCCGCCGCCGCCGUCUCCUCCCGCCGCUCCCGCCGACCCCCACGGGACAAACCCCCCCCCCCCCCCCCCCCCACCCUCAUGUGCCCCCAGCCUCCACGCACUUCCGCCGGCCGCGUCGCGCCUUCCCGCUCGGGGUAGCCUCAAUUGCAGCACUCCACCGCCGCCCACCAUGCAUGACUGCGCCGCGGGCUCCGUCGACUCCUCCACGCCCAAGAAGCUGUCCCGGAAGGUGCUGGACGCGUCAUGCCUGCAGGAUGACUUCUACCUCAACCUCGUCGACUGGUCGUCCCAGAACAUGCUCGUCGUUGGCAUCGGCACCUGCGUCUACCUCUGGUCCGCCUCCAGCAGCAAGGAGAUUCAGUCAUCCUUGUUAUGUGUGAUGCUGAUGGCCGGUGCGUGACUGGCUGACAUGAAGACGUCAAGGUUUGCUCUCUCACCAUGAUAUAUGCUAAUGCAGUCACCACCUGCCUGAUCGGUUCAGGCUAUGAAAGUGUGGAUCAAAAUGUCUAUGGAGUCUGAAAAUAUGCAGCUGCUUAGGUUCACAAUUUUGUAUGAUGAACUGAUGCUCAAGUGAAACACAAGGAUUUUUUUUUUCUUUUACUCUCUUCAGGUAUUAAUACAUCGUAACACUGGACUGUUUAUUUCACUAUGUGACAUCUAAGCUUACUCGAAUGUAUGAGAUCAGUGUGUAUA